UGGAAAUUCAGAUCCGCGUUUAUCUACGUCUAUGCGAAGGAAAUGUACAUUUUACGCUAACUGUGUGGACUGUAACAAUGCUGUGGUCCCUAAACCGCGCGUUGACGUCCAUAGACACAGCCAUAAAACGUAAAGACAACGCAAAGUGUGUGUAAUUUAGAAUGGGCAGGUUAAAAGAUGCAUAUCAAGAUGUCCAGCCUGUAAUCCUUCAACUUGCAGAAGAGAGCGUCACCUCCAGCCUUUACUGCAGCUCAGCAGAGGGAAUUGAAGCCCACGUUUCCGCUUUGGUGGAAGCUUUCUUGGUCGAAGUUUACCGAUGUAGAAUCUGCCAGUUUACCAGCAGCCGAAAAGCCAGGAUCAGCCAUCAUGUUAUGGAAAGACAUGACCCAAGUUCUCCAUGUCCCCAUCUGCCAUGUCUGGAAAAAGAUGAUGAUGAGAGUUUGAAUGUAGAAAUGAGGGUUGACGAUGAGGUCGACCACAAUAACUCUCCCUAUGACUUGGAGAGCGACCUUCAUUCCGUCUCAAAAAACAACGAGGAUCAAUUGGACAUGGAUCGCAUGUCUUUCCUUCUUCCGAUGUAUGGUAUGUUUCAGAACAUCAGCCCGCGGUCAUGUGACAUCAGCCUGGGAUCAAACUCAGAUGGUAACUUGCAUGUGGCGCAGACUUGCGAGGUAAGUACGCUCUUUGAGGAGGAGAGGCAUGGUGAGGACAGUGAAGAGGAACCUGUGUUUCAACUGGAGGAUGCUAGCACCGGUUUGAACGGUGAAAUCGACACUGAUGUCCAGGAUGAAGAGAUGGCCCAGUCAGCACAUCUGAUGACUCUUGGACUAUGUCGAAUCUCCAGCACUAAAUGUCCUCCUCAGUCUGCAAGUUCAGUGAAAAGACUUUCACAUACCCCAGGUGAACAGGACGCUGGAAAUAACAUCAUGGAUGACAGACAGCCUCUGCUGUCGGCUGGUGAAUUGCAAAAGAUGUCUGAGGAGGAUGGCGGACUGGCCUGCAUCCUCUGUCAGACAGUGACAUCCAGUCGUGGCAUGCUGGAAGUGCAUCUGAAAUGCCACAGUGGAGAUCAAGGCUUCAGGUGCCCACGCUGUGACUGGGAGUCAGAAGACUGGCUUGAUAUGGAGCAACACUGGAGGGGGCAUGAAAAGAGAAAAAAUUCUAAGCCACAUAAAUGUAGUGUUUGCCCCAAGGCAUUUAGAAGACCUGAUUCACGUGACGCUCAUGAAAAAAGGCAUAAUCAAAGACAUCGCUGUCGAUCUGAGACGACACCUCUCGCACAGUGUUCUCUUUGCCUGGAAUGGUGUCAUUCAGGGAAGGAGUGGGAGAUACACCAACAGUGUCACUUUCAAGGAGAAUUUAAAUGUUUGCACUGUGAUUUUACAGAGAACUCAUGGAAGAAGACCUUGAAGCAUAUUCACACUCAGCACAAGCAUGGAGAUACAAAUCAAAAGAAGCAGAUUGUUCACAGCAUAGAACGCCCGCAUCUAAGCAUGCAAACAUCCACCAAGUACCCAGAAUGCCUCAGAAAAUUGAAGCCAGAGUCAUGGUGCCAAGUUAGGAAGAAGAACGUGAUAAACAGGGUGGUGGGAGUGGAAAUGAACAAUAAAGGAGAGAAGGACUUGAGACGCUCGAUAGAUAAGACGUCAGUAGGAGUCGCUGCUUCAAGGCGGAGAGAGUUUUGCUGCAACCUGUGUGACAAGAAGUUUUCAACCAAGCUGACUAUGCGUCGCCAUAUGGGCAUUCAUCAGGGGGAAAAGCCAUUUAAGUGCCCACACUGCCACUACUGCACACGUCUUAAAGCUUCACUUAUCCAGCACCUCCGUGUCCAUACAGGUGAGAAGCCGUACAAGUGUUCCCAGUGCUCUUAUGCUUCCAUUGACGGAAGCUCUCUGCGGCGACACUCAAGGACGCACACACAAGAAAGGCCUUACUGCUGCCAGUACUGUCCUUACAGCAGCAUCCAGAAGAAGAGCUUAGACCUCCACUCACGGCGCCAUCACACCGGAGAAUCCUUUCCUUGUCACCUGUGCCAGUAUUCCACAGCCGACCGCCAGCUGCUGGUACGACACAUAAAGAAACAUCAUAGUACAGAACAGCCUGUUGUACUGGGACAGAGAAACAGCUCCUGUUCUGGAUCCCAAACUGUACCUUCCCAAAGAGCACGGACAUCCAAAUAAUAUUUAUGAAUAAUAAUAAAAAAUGUGUUUUUAUUGUUUUCUAAA